AUGAAAAUCAUCCUCACCGGCGCCACGGGUCUCGUAGGGAGGGAAUGCAUUCGCAUCGCCUUACUGAACCCCCAAAUCACCGAAGUCAUCUCCGUCGCUCGCCGCCAAGCUACAUUCCCAGACGGCCUUCCUUCGCAGGCAGAUAAGAGUAAGCUGAAGUCCGUCAUCUUGGACGACUUUGGCAGCGACUGGCCUGCUCACGUCCUAGAGCAGCUUAAAGGUGCCGAUGCGUGUAUUUGGAAUCUGGCAGUCACGCCGUCCAAAUCCAAAGGCAUGACCUCCGAAGAGUUGAAGAAGAUCAAUCACGACUAUCCCUUCGUCGGCCUUAAAUCGAUGCUCGCCGUCGCCAACUCAGCCCACCCGUUCAGAUUCAUCUACACCUCGGCCGCUUUGACGGAACGGGACCAGGACAGGGCGUUAUGGGUAAUGGGCGAAGAACGAAAAUUGAGAGGCACUGUCGAGAUUGAACUGCUCGCCGAGGCGGCACAAUCCAAGGGCCGGAUCGAGCUGCAGAUCACCAAGCCAGGCGCGAUUACUGAUUCUCAGACGCCCAUGGCGAGACGCAUGAUGUUGCCGGUACUGGAAGCCGUGCUUGGGCUGCCGAGUGUGCACGUUAGCGACAUUGCUGCUGUGGAGCUUCAUCAGGCGAUGAACGGUACUGGUGGGAAAGACGUCAUGUCGAACGCGGGCUUGGUUGAGCUGGGUUCCCAGGCGUUGAAGGAGUGGAAGAUUGAGAAGUGCGCCUGA